CUGGGCCCGCCGGCGCCCCCAACAGGCGCGGCCGCCCCGUCGGCGUCGCAGCGCCGCAAGCGUACUUCGUUCAGCGCCGAGCAGCUGCAGCUGCUGGAGCUCGUCUUCCGCCGGACCAUGUACCCCGACAUCCACCUGCGCGAGCGCCUGGCCGCGCUCACCUUGCUCCCUGAGUCCAGGAUCCAGGUGUGGUUCCAGAACAGGCGUGCCAAGUCACGGCGGCAGAGUGGGAAAUCCUUUCAGUCCUCAGCCAGGCCAGGGCUUUUCCUCAACCACUCUGCUCCUGGAACUGAAGCAAAAUGUUUGAAGCCCCAGCUGCCUCUCGAGGUAGAUGUGAACUGCCUGCCCAAUCCCAACAGGGGUGGAGGGGGCCUCUCUGACCCUAGCCCCCAAGGCCAGAGUUUUGAAACCUAUUCCCCUCUUCCUGAAGACAUUGGUUCAAAGCUGGACUCAUGGGAGGAACACAUCUUUUCCGCCUUUGGUAACUCUUGAGGACUCGCGGAGAACUCAGUCUAAACUCGGAGGAGCCACGACUGACGGCCGGGGAGACACACGUCAGGAUACUGUCGUUUCUGGCUUCCAUGUUAAGGACACCUGCAUGUCAAGCUUGAUGGUGGUUCUGACUAUCAUCUCUCACAUU